AUGGACGACGAGACGCUCUUCCUCUUCGAGCUUAUCGUCGACAGCCUGAGCUUGGAAGGACUCGCUUGCUCUGCUGACCAGGUGCUCUCGAUCGGCUUCCAGUUGCUUGCGUUCGACGUCGUCCUGCUGCACGACGUCCAACUAAAGGUCAACGAGCAUGCCUGUCUUGUCCAGGAAGGCAAGUCGUGCAUGUUCCGCAUGCCCAUGGACCGCUUCGUGGACGACGUCGCCGCGACGCCGCUCGCUCUCAUGGUAAUGAAGAAAUCCGAUACAACCUCGAGGCAGCUUCUAGCGUUCACGUGCAUCGAUCUGCCGAUGCCGAGCCGCCACGCGCGCUUGGAACGCGCCGAGUGGGUACAUCUCCAGCGUCAAUGGGACCUUCUCAACCACGCAGGCGACGUGGUGGGCUCAAUUGGCGGCGGCGUCGUGCUGACGUGUCACGGACGAGCGCUGCUGGCGCACUUGCCUCCGUCGUUUGCUGCGACCGUCGACGCCAUGGCCCCCGCCCCGGUGGCACCCACGCCAGAGAGCAAGCCAGAGACGAUCGAUGUCAUGUGCUCCACCAAGGCCGUCGCCACCGACGCCGCCGAUGCGCCCAUGGUGGAGACAUCCGAGCUUGCCGUCCAAUGCGACUUGGCACACGAUAUGACAAUCUCGCCAGUGGCGUUCGAGCCAACAUCGUCGCCAGCAAAGAACGCUGUUGCUGUACCUAUGGAGCGACCACCAUCACCAGCGCUACCUGCUCCAGUCGACGACAACACUGCUGGGCUCUUCGAGUCGCUAGCCCCACCGGCGCUCCUCUACCACUGCCCACGACGCACGACAGAGGCGAGCGAGGAUGCUAUGUGGCACCGAGGACCGGCGGACGAUGGGCCACCACAGCUGCGCUUCACCAAGCCAAGUCGUGACGACGUGCUCUUUGGUUGGCACGACUAG